GAUCCAUUUUGUGACAAGAGCAGGAAAUUAAACGAUGAGAGAAACAGAGAAAAAUUGACAGUUUUUGUUCCACUGAAUCGUCUGAAACAAUCAAUAAAUUCAUUGUGAAGUAUUUUGUAGGUGAUAUUCUAGUCAGUAAAGAGGAAGUGAACAUCAACAGUUCUUGACAGGUGUUCAGUGGACUGUUCAGAUGAUGUCAUGGACUCCACAAAGGAUCUCAGUGGACAGACAGACACAGGGAAGGUCAAGAGUGUCAUUCAUGGAGAAUCUCCUGAAUCCAGCUGUGUGUCCAUGAAGAGUUACCAGUCAAUGAAUCAACCAUUUAAAUUCAGUUCAGGAGCCCCUUGUGCUGAUGUGAGUCAACUCCAUAUGAAGAGAUCAGACUCAACAGAGUCCAGCUGUGUGUCCAUGAAGAGUGACCAGUCUAUGGAAGUGCCAUUACAAUUAAAGGGUGAACACACAUCAACUAGUCUGAGUCAACUCCAUAUGAAGAGAUCAGACUCACCGGAGUCCAGCUGUGUGUCCAUGAAGAGUGACGCGUCUAUGGAAGUGCCAUUACAAUUUAAGGGUGAACACACAUCAACUAGUCUGAGUCAACUCCAUAUGAAGAGAUCAGACUCAACAGAGUCCAGCUGUGUGUCCAUGAAGAGAGACCGGUCUAUAGAUAAUCCACCUGAAUUCAGUUCAGGAGCCCCUUGUGCUGAUGUGAGUCAACUCCAUAUGAAGAGAUCAGACUCACCGGAGUCCAGCUGUGUGUCCAUGAAGAGUAACGCGUCUAUGGAAGUGCCAUUACAAUUAAAGGGUGAACACACAUCAACUAGUCUGAGUAAACUCCAUAUGAAGAGAUCAGACUCAACAGAGUCCAGAUGUGUGUCCAUGAAUAGAGACCGGUCUAUGGAUAAUCCACCUGAAUUCAGUUCAGAAACCCCUUGUGCUGAUGUGAGUCACUCGCAACAUGAAGUCCAAAGCACUUUCAAAUCCAAUCUGCUGAAGAAGUUUCAGUGUUUGUGUGAGGGAACAUCAAAGCAGGGAAACCCAACACUCCUGAAUGAGAUCUACACAGAGCUCUACAUCACAGAGAGUGAAAGAGGAGAGAUCAAUAAUGAACAUGAGGUGAGACAGAUUGAGACACAGUCCAGAAGAGCAACAACAGAGGACACACCAAUCAAAUGCAAUGACAUCUUCAAACCUUUACCUGGACAAGACAAGCCCAUCAGAACUGUGCUGACUAAGGGAGUCGCUGGCAUUGGAAAAACAGUCUCUGUGCAGAAGUUCAUUCUGGACUGGGCUGAAGGGAAAGCCAAUCAGGACGUCCACCUCAUAUUUCCACUUCCUUUCAGAGAACUCAAUUUGUUGAAGGACAAAAAACUCAGUCUUUCAGAUCUUAUUCAGCUUUUCUUCAAUGAAACAGAAGAAUUGGAAAUAUCCAGAGGUGAAUGUAAAGUUUCCUUCAUCUUUGAUGGUUUGGAUGAGUGCCGUCUGUCUCUGGAUUUUCAGAGCAAUGUGAGAUUGUGUGAUGUCACUGAAUCAGUCUCAUUGGAUGUGCUGCUGACAAACCUCAUCAAGGGGAAUCUGCUUCCCUCUGCUCUCAUCUGGAUCACCUCCAGACCAGCAGCAGCUGAUCUCAUCCCCUCUGAGUGUGUUGAUCGAGUGACAGAGGUACGAGGCUUCAAUGACCCACAGAAGGAGGAAUACUUCACGAAGAGAAUCAGAGAUCAGAGUCUGGCCAACAGAAUCAUCACACACCUGAAGUCAUCAAGGAGCCUCUUCAUCAUGUGUCACAUCCCAGUGUUCUGCUGGAUUUCAGCCACUGUUCUAGAGAGACUGUUGAGUGAAGCAGAUAGAGGAGAGAUCCCCAAGACUCUCACUCAAAUGUACACACACUUCCUGAUCAUUCAGACAAACAUCAAACAUGAGAAGGACUAUGAGAUGAAAAGUAAAGACAUAGUCAUGAUCCUCAAACUGGGGAAACUGGCUUUUAAUCAGCUUGUGAAAGGCAAUCUGAUCUUCUAUGAGGAAGACUUGAGAGAGUGUGACAUUGAUGUGAGAGAAGCAUCAGUGUACUCAGGAUUGUGCACUCAGAUCUUCAGAGAGGAGUUUGGGUUGUAUCAGGGGAAAGUGUUCUGCUUUGUUCAUCUGAGCAUUCAGGAACAUCUAGCAGCUCUAUAUGCGCACCUUUCCUUUACAAACAACAACAUGAAUGUGUUUGAACAAAUCACCAAACAAAGUCUGUUCUCAACAUUGUUUUACUUUUUUAAACAUUUUAAACAAAACUUUUCUAUGUUUCACCUGCAUCAGAGAGCUGUGGAUGAGACUUUAAAGAGUAAGAAUGGACAUCUGGACCUUUUCUUGCGUUUUCUUCUGGGUCUCUCAUUGGAGUCUAAUCACACUCUCUUACAAGAACUACCGACACAGACAGGAAGCUGCUCCUACAACAAAGAUGAAACAGUGAAAUACAUCAAGCAGAAGAUCAGCGAGAAUCACUCUCCAGAGAAAUCCAUCAAUCUGUUUCACUGUCUGAAUGAACUGGGUGAUGAUUCACUUGUGAAGGAGAUGCAAGAUUAUCUGAAAUCUGGAGAAAUAAAAGGAACAAAACUCUCUUCUUCACAGUGGUCAGCUGUAGUGUUUGUGUUGUUGACCUCAGAGCAGAAGAUGGAUGUGUUUGAUCUGAAACAGUUUAUUGGAGCACAAAAUAAAGCAGAUGAAGUUCUUCAGUAUCUGCUGCCUGUGAUUAAAGAAUCCAAAUCAGUUCAGUUGAGAGAUUGUGAUGUCACAGUUGAAGGUUGUGCUGCUCUGACUUCAGCUCUGGGAUCAAACCCCUCACACCUGAGACAACUGUAUCUGUCUGAUAAUAAACUGAGAGAUUCAGGAGUGAAGCUGCUCUCUGAUGUACUGAAGAAUCCUGACUGUAAACUGGAGAAACUGGAGUUGAGAGAUUGUGAUGUCACAGAUGAAGGUUGUGCUGCUCUGACUUCUGCUCUGAGAUUAAACCCCUCACACCUGAGACAACUGUAUCUGUCUGGGAAUAAACUAAGAGAUUCAGGAGUGAAGCUGCUCUCUGAUGUACUGAAGAAUCCUCACUGUAAACUGGAGAUACUGGAGUUGAGAGAUUGUGAUGUCACAGAUGAAGGUUGUGCUGCUCUGACUUCAGCUCUGAGAUCAAACCCCUCACACCUGAGAAAUCUGAAUCUGUCUGAGAAUAAACUAAGAGAUUCAGGAGUGAAGCUGCUCUCUGAUGUACUGAAGAAUCCUCACUGUAAACUGGAGAAACUGGAUUUGAGAUAUUGUCGUGUCACAGAUGAAGGUUGUGCUGCUCUGACUUCAGCUCUGAGAUCAAACCCCUCACACCUGAGACAACUGCAUCUGUCUGGGAAUAAACUAAGAGAUUCAGGAGUGAAGAUGCUCUCUGAUGUACUGAAGAAUCCUCACUGUAAACUGAAGACACUGAAGUUGAGUUAUUGUCGUGUCACAGAUGAAGGUUGUGCUGCUCUGACUUCAGCUCUGAGAUCAAACCCCUCACACCUGAGAAAACUGUAUCUGUAUGGGAAUAAUCUAGGAGAUUCAGGAGUGAAGCUGCUCUCUGAUCUAAAAGAUGAUCCAUAUUAUAAACUGGAGACACUGAUGAUUUAGAUGGACAUCUCUUUGAGAACUGAUCAUGAACAUGAUUGUGAAGAAAACAGAGAAGUCACAGUCAACAGAAUCAACAGAGACAAACUGACCUGACACACUAAUGUGUGUAACUUAUAUAAUUAUUCAGAACACCUGCUGAAGUGACAGUGAAACAGUGAAACCUUUUGUUUCUUCCUCAAGUGACUUUUAUGGGUCAAUGACAAAUAAAGAUGUCUAAAUUAUAAAAUGGGAAAAUCUUUUAAAACUCCAGUUUAAAACACAUGUAUCAAAUUUGUAUAAAUAUAUUCAUAUUGGUUUUGAAUACUUUUUUGACCUUUUAAUUUUUUUAGAUAACAUUUCAAACUUUUAAUGAGAAUUGUUUUCUUGUUUACAAUCUCCGAAUGUUUA